CCCAAAUAUGAUUAAACGUAUUUCAAUUUAUUUCAUAUUAUUAUGUAUUCUUUCCACUUCGUAUGGACAAGUACAAAGCAUAAAUGGAACCAUUAAAAUGCUGAUCGGGACAACUUCAAACUGCAGCAACGCAAGGAAUUUCAUAACCGGAUUCGGUAACAUUUACGAACACUACAAGCAGUUUCUUGAUAUUGAAUUCAUUCCGUGGGGUCGCACCACAGUAUCAGAAACCGGCGAACUAUCUUGUCAAUUCGGUCCAGCAGAUUGUUGGGCCAAUCGCGUGCAGAGAUGUGUUAUCAGCAUGCUGAACGGUGACCAAGAUAGAAUAAUGAAAUACAUGCGUUGUGAAUUUGGUUCUACGUUGCCCAGUUUCAGUGGAAGCUAUCAGUGUGUUAGUGAGGUUGGUCUACGUUUAGUUGAAGUGGAUUAUUGCGUAACAACAACAGGUGAUGCAUUAGAACCGCCAGCUCAUGCUGCAUCUAUAGAACCAGUACGCAUUAUAAACUUUAUUCCAUUUAUAAUCUUUAAUGGAGUUAUAGAUCAACAAAUUUCAACACAAGGUAGACUUAGAUUGGAAAGUGUGUUGUGUUUUGCUUUAGCUAAUGAUCCUACUACUGGUAUCACACAAUGUAGAAUAUAAUAAUAAAGUAUA